GGGUGUUGAAACACACACACGCGGGCGAACCGAACCGAUCGACGUCUCAUUAUUAACACCUCUUAAAAAGUGGGCAAAAAUGGGGUCUGAAAAGGAACAACAAGCAAUCCAGAAGAAAUUACAAGAGGAAGUUAAUAAAUUAAGAGCUGCCCAAAAAGAAUAUCAGAUGGCAGCAACAGCACGUCAACAGCUUGAUGCUCAGAUGAACGAAAACACAAUUGUAAAAGAUGAAUUGAAUCUACUGGAACCAGAUUGUAAGGUUUACAAAAUGUUAGGUCCCGUCCUUGUUCCACAGGAUCUUGUAGAAGCCAAGCAAACUGUCUCUAAAAGAAUAGAAUAUAUAGGAGGUGAAUUAAAACGUCAAGAAAAACUGAUAGAAGAUAUUGAAAAAAAGCAGGAGGUUCACCGAGAAAGGCUUACUAAAUUACAACAAGAUUUUCAGAAGUUGGCUCUAGUGACACCUGGAAAGUCCUAGCUCAUUUGAAAUAAUUAACUUAUAGUAUUAAAAUCAUGGGAAGCAAAAGUUGCUGAUUAGGGUGCAAGCUGUAUACAAAUCCAUUGUACCUAGCAUUUUGUUUCUGUACUCUUGAAACUUUGUGUUGUAAACAACGGUAGCUUGAUGGUUAGGCAGGCUUUGUAAUCUGAGUAUGUUCGAAAGCUUAUGAUUACCUUUUUUAUUAAGUUUAUUUUUGAUGUUGACACCUGUUGGCAUAAUAUGACGCAGGAGUGGCACCACCAGGGGUUCAGAUUGGGGGUGGCCGUGAUCGCCCAUUGAGGACAAAAAACAAUACGAGGUGGGGGCCCGAAGGUGCAAAAUAUGGUGAUACAGUGUAAGGCGAUUUUUAUCUAGUUGAGCAUGAUUUUUUGCUUUAGACACUUUCAUUUGGUGGCAUCUGGGUGGCCCAAGUUUUUUUAGGAGGGGCAGCAGUGUUUUUAGGGGUUGUGGUAGUCGAUUUUGGGUAGUAGUACUUCCCCACGUAAAUUUGGCAUGUGCAGGGAAAUAGUAUAUAUUACUGCACCCUUUACCGGGUGGAAUUGUUCAUUGAAAGGUUACUACCUAAUUAAUAUAUAUGAGGUAAACAGCCCAAUCCAAUGUCGGUUUUAAGUCUCACAUUGGAUGCGAACAAUUAUUUUAAUCUUUACGGAAGGUGGCAUGUUGCACUAUCCUGCACUUGGUGUGUCACACUUUUAAGUAUGACAUUAAACACCAUUACCAUCAUCUGUUCACACGGGUGCAGUUUUUGAAAACCAUGAAGGACAUCCGAACAUAUCACCAUUUUAUUACCACCUACCAGAUGCCAUGGAUGCAAUCUAUGCAAUGCCUACAAAUCUGCUGGUUCUUUAACAGCCCUAUUUCGAAUGUGUGGUAUAAUGCAUGCAAAUUUGCUCAGGCUUAUGCUUCAGUGAGUCAGUCACACUUGCAUGUUUCUAAGCAAAGUUGUCCCUCUUCAGUUCAGUGUUCUAUCUGGGUGUCCAAUAUAGAGGUUGUCAUUCUUUUUCUUCUGAAAUUUAAAUUGUGGUGUUUUUUUUUAAGUGUUUAUACAAUUUUAAUACCUGUAUUUGUCUUAGAGGAGUCAGGGGCAGUAAUACCUAAUGAUUGACAGAAAGAUAACAUUUUGUCAUACACCUUUGCCACUAGUUGAUAGUGAUUGAUUGAUUGAUUAUCUUUCAAUAAUCUCAUUAUUGAAUAAACAAAUGUAUACAUAACUUUUUUUAUGCUUUCUCAUUUUGCAAUUAAUGCAGAGUACAGUGUUGGUACUGUAGUGUGGAAACUAGGUAGUUUUCGCCGCACGACGUUAUCCUUAACGUUAACGGAUGACGUCAUAAUUCAUUCAUCUUGCGUUGCGGAGCACGUUAAUUUCAGGAUUUUAUGUGCCUGGCGUACAUAAGUUACGGGUUUGCGCAUGCGUAUUUCGAUUUGUUUACAAAAGGGGCGGAGCUAUCGCGUUGCAUGUUGGGUACUAACGUUAAAGUUAAGGUUAACGUCGUGCGGCGAAAACUACCAAAUGUACUUUGAACUAGAUUAAAGGUUUCUUGGAAUUUAGUUUUACAUUAGUUUCUGUUAUGAUAACUUUGAAAAUAAGCUUCGGUUUGCAGAGAACUUUCGUGUAAUAAAGUUAUAGUUAGCAACUUCA